UUAUAUAGUAUGUGACAAGUGGACGACACUGACAAGUGUUAACCUCGUGAGUUGUGAAGUGUAGAACUGAAGUUGAAAUUAUUGAAGAACAUAUUAAAGACAAGGCCUCCCAAAGUAAAUGUAAAUACCAUGUACCAUGAGCCGGUACUGCCAAAGUAAAAAUUUAAAUUUAGUUUAGUAUGUAUGUAAUAUGUAGUGAUUUGACUUAUGUUUGAAAUAGUAGUAAUUAUAGUAUAGCGAUUGGCAAUCCAGCCGAGUUUGAAAGUGAACAGUUGCUUAUAACGUAGUGGAUUUCAGCUAUUUCCGUUUUUCACAAGAUUAUAGGCGUCACCUGUCAAUCUGUCAAUAACUGCACGUUUCAUUCAAUCGAGUGAAACGAGCGACGACGAGCCUCCGGCUCUUGCCCGUGGUUGUGACUUGUGUUUGAAAAAGUUGCAAAUUAUUAGCUUUGUUUGUUUAUCUUCAUAAUGUAAAUAAAACUCAGUCUUAACUUUUCAUAUCGUUAGUUUGAACGUGUUUCUAAUUUACUUUAUUGACUUUUACCGGUUCAAUUUUACAUACAGAAUCGUAUAACUUAUUCAGCUGGUGUUGUUGCAAUUUACAAUAGAAUAAUAUGUUGUAAUUUUACGCAUAUUAUGUAUCAUAAGCUAAAGAAUUAAGAUCAUGGCGGAAGUAACUCCAUUUUACGUGGAUCGUGCAAAAGGGGCUAGGGCGUCAUGUAAAGGAUGUAAAGGGAAUUGCCCUGGCGGAGAGCUACGUAUUGCGAAGGUAGUGCCAAGUCCAUAUGGUGAAAACCAAACAAUGAAAUCUUGGCAUCACAUAGAUUGUUUAAUGAAUGCUCUUCUCAAACAACGACCAACAACUAAACGCAUCGAAUCAAUCAAUGAUAUUGGUAAUUGGGCAAAUAUAACUAAAGAAGACCAAGAGUAUGUCCUGCGAAAAAUAAAUGAAAUGGAAAAAAUAUAUGCUGAUAAACACAGUGGGAAUUACUCAGCAAAAGUGAUAAAAAAUGAGAGUUUGCCUUUGAGCAAGAAAAUUGAACCCUCAGAAAUAUUAACAGAUAGUGCAGUUAGAGUGACUCUCACAGAAGAUAAUAAGUUUAACAUGUUUUGCUUACUUUGUGAUAAAAUAUCUAAAGUUGAUGCUUACACUGAGAAAACUGCUGCAGUAAAUAGGUUUUUUACAAAAGGUUGUGAUGGAAAAAAAUUUCAAGGAGAUUUAAUACUAUGGUGUAAAAUGCUUUUACCCCAAGUAUCAAAAAGAGUUUAUAAUUUAAAAAGUAAGCAGCUUGUAAAGCUGUUCUCCAGAAUUUUGAAUACUGAUCAUGAUGAUAUGUUAACUCAUCUUGAACAAGGGGAUGUCUCUGAGACCAUCGAGACCUUCUUUUCCAAAUCCAGAGCAGUUCAACCUGCAUCAGGAAGUACUCUCACAAUUCAUGAUAUAAAUAACUUCUUAGAUGAUCUUUCAAAACUUACAAAAGAAGAAGAACAAAUCUAUCAUUUUAAGAAAAUAGUAAAGAAGUGUACACUAUCUGAUUUAAAAAUGAUGAUAAGGUUAAUCAAAGGUGAUUUGAGGAUCAAUGCUGGACCAAAACACAUUCUUGAAGGUGUCCAUCCUGAUGCUUAUCAAGUAUUUCAAACAUCUCGUGACCUAAACAUGGUUAUAGAUAGAGUCCUAUCAACAAGCACUGGUGUUAAACACAAAGAUUCGACACAAGAAACUGUACAAGCAAAACUGAGCCUUAUGACACCUGUUUUACCUAUGUUAGCAGAAGCAUGUAAGUCUGUAGAAAUGGCUAUGAAGAAGUGCCCAAAUGGUAUGUUUUCUGAAAUUAAAUAUGAUGGAGAAAGAGUACAAGUGCAUAAAAAAGGCAAUGAGUUCAAGUACUUUUCAAGGGCACUUAAACCUGUUAUGCCACACAAAGUGAAUCAUUUCAAAGAUUAUUUACCCAAAGCGUUUCCUGAAGGUGUUGACAUGAUUCUUGAUGCCGAAGUAUUAAUGGUGGAUGUUAACACCGGAAAGCCUUUACCAUUUGGUACAUUAGGUAUUCAUAAACAAUCAGAGUUUAAAGACGCACAAGUAUGUCUUUAUAUAUUUGACUGUUUAUAUUACAAUGGAGAAGUAUUAAUUGAUGUGCCAAUUAGAAAGAGACGUAAGAUUCUCCAUGAUAAUAUGGUUGAGGUGAAAAAUCAUGUUAUGUUUUCUGAACAGCAGUUAAUUAAGAAACCUUCUGAUUUAGCUAGUAUGAUUGCUAAGGUUCUGCAAUUGGGAUUAGAAGGAUUAGUGCUUAAGGACUUGGAAUCAACUUACGAACCAGGGAAAAGACAUUGGCUAAAGGUCAAGAAAGACUAUUUGUUUGAUGGAGCUAUGGCUGACACAGCUGAUUUAGUUGUCUUGGGGGCAUGGUUUGGGACUGGAAGGAAGGGUGGAAUGAUGUCAGUUUUUCUUAUGGGUUGUCAUGAUCAGCGUAGAAAUAAAUGGCUAACAGUGACCAAAGUACACACCGGACAUGAUGACAGCUCAUUGGACAGAUUGCAAAAAGAACUGACACCCUUGAUGAUGAAAAUAUCACAGGAUUAUAAUAAGGUGCCACCUUGGCUAGAAUGUAAUAGAGGAAUGGUACCCGAUUUUAUAGCCUUGGAUCCAAAAAAUCAGCCUGUUUGGGAAAUCACAGGUACAGAGUUAACCAAAGCAAAUCAACAUACAGCAGAUGGUAUAUCUGUAAGAUUUCCAAGGGUAACUAGAAUUAGAAACGACAAAGAUUGGAAAACAGCCACAAACUUAGAAGAAUUGAAACAUUUAUACAAAACCUCUAAAGAAAAAACGGAUGUAACUCUACUAAACAAAUUGGCUGCAAUUUCAGACAACAAUGAACCUCCAACAAAAAAAAUUAAAGCAAGUCCAUCUAAAAUUAAAGGUAGUUUAGAUGCUUUUGUUGUUAGAAAUAAAUCUUCAAGUGAGGAACAUUCAAACAUAGAUGUUAAAGAUGAAAUCGAUAUAACUCCAAACAAAAAGAAAAGUAAAAAAUGUGAGAGUAAUACAAGCAUGGAUGUUAAGGAUGAGAAAGAUAUAACUCCAAAGCAAAAGAAAAAAAAAGAAAGCAAAAUUAAUUCAAACAUUGACUUAGACACUGAGAGAAUCGAUAAGAUUAAAAUUGAAAACCAAACAUACCCUGAAAAUCCAUUACCAGAUAUAUUUAAAGAUUUGAGAUUGGGCUUCUACCCUGAUUUUAUCAGUAUACCUGAAGAAGAACGAAGAAUCUUUGAAAGACAUUGGAUUGCUUAUGGUGGAGAGGUUGUUAAAUCUAUAAAGCAAAUGGAUGUAGAUUAUGUUUUACAUAAUGACAGUGAAAUUGAGUUUAGGAAAAUGGAGAGAUUAAAAAAGAAAUUAACAGACAAUGUUUAUUACAGUUUAAAACAAAUACAAUACCCACACUUAAGUCGCAUCUGGAAUUCGGAGUCCGAACGUAAAUUAAGUAGAAGUAUUUCAACCGACACUUCGUUCUUGGAUGCAUCUCGAGCAAGAUGAAUGGCAUUUACUUGGUAUGCAAGACAAUUUAAUUCAAGAUUUUAAUUCUGCACAGAUCGUUAGUGCGUUAAGGUUGUUAAUAAACCAUAUUGAAACAGAAGUGUUCGAUUUCCGCCUGCUGAGAAACGUGCAUAUUAAUAUAACAUUGCCCUAUAUGUUUGAAUAUUUUAGAAUCUUAGCAGCAUUAAUUAAUGCUUCUUACGUGUUGAUAGUGGAUAAUGUCCAUGCAUCUGAUUUGUUACAAAUAGUCCGGGUAAGGAUAAACAAGCCCAAUACACUGGCAGAUCUUGUCGCCAGACAUAACUUGGACAGAAUGAGAGCACAGUUCCAGCCCAUGUCUGCGGAUAUGGCAGAGUUUAAUGACUUUCCUACGCUGACCGAAGAAGAAAUAAUAUUAUUUAGCCUCGGUAUAUAUCAGCUGAAACAAGCGACAAGAGAGUUACUAUGGAGAGCAUGUUCAACCAGAUGGAGCUUUUAGCAUUGAGCUCAGUGGUGGAAUUCCUCUAGAGCUUGUAAGGGAAUUGGAGGGAAAGGACUAGUGGUUGAUUAGAGGCGAAUACAAUACCGACACAUCAGAUCCCAAACAUACCUACUAUCUGUAUAUUGCACUGGAUAGAACAGCAACCGGGCGUCGAGCAUUAAAACAUUGUUAUUGCACAUGCCAUAUAGGAAAGAGAGCCACCGGAUGUUGCUCCCAUACUAUGUGCAUAGUCUGGUACAUGGGUUAUGCUAGACGUGACCCUUACCUCAGCCCACCCGCAAUAAGUUUAGAUGACGUAUUUGUAAGACUAGAAAAUGUUUAUUUAUAUGUCAUUAACUUAUGAGUUAUUACCACUGAUUUUAAGCAAGAAUGUUAAGGUUAAUAUUGUUUAUUUCUCCCAGCGCCAUCACACCUUGCCAGAGCGUUUUUUUCUAAGUUAGUAAUGUUGCCCUUACCUUGUAAUAGCGAUCAAACAAAAUAAAUGCUGUUAAGUAAUAAGUUGAUAAAUAUUUUUUAUUUAUAUUUUAUGACGAAUUUUUUUUUCCAACACUAUUCAUCAACCUUACCACUGUUUUACUAUCAAGUAUUAUGUCAUAACGUAAGAUAUCCAUGCUUUUAAUAGUGACACUCCAACCUUUUUAUCACCAAUGGAUUUUUUUUUAAUUAUUUUAUUACGACGUAACCAUUGUGCCCACAGAUUGGUAGUAAUAGUAAAAAAUGUUAGGAAUUGUGUAUUCUAUUCGAAUAUAGUACUUUUUCUCUUU